ACGACUUCGAGGAAAGGGGUUGGACAAUUGAUGAGAUGUUCUCGAACGAUGCACACCUCAGCCCGUACAUGAGAUUCGGAUGUUUGUCGCCACGCCUGUACUACCAACAGCUCGCUUUGACCUACAUGAAGGAGAAGAAAUCUAUCCCGCCAGCAACAUUGUUCACUGGACUCGUUCGACGAGAACUCUUCUUGCAUGUAGCAAGCCACAACGCCGACCUCGACAAAAUGGUGGAUAAUCCCUUGAGCGUGCAAUUUCCUUGGGAAGAGAACAAAGACGGUCUUGAACGGUGGAAAAAGGGCAAAACGGGCUUUCCGUGGAUUGAUGCAAUAAUGCGACAGUUGCGAGAGGAAGGCUGGAUCCAUCAUUUGGCUCGGCAAGCAGUUGGCUGUUUCCUGACUCGAGGCUGCUUGUGGGUCAGUUGGGAAGAAGGAUUCAAAGCGUUUGAUGAGCUUCAGCUAGAUGCAGAAUGGAGCUUGAACGCGAGCAACUGGUUGUGGCUGUCGUGUAGUUCGUAUGUGCAUGGUGCUGUACCUUGGUACUGUCCAGUAGAGGUUGGCAAAAAAGUCGACCCGACCGGAGAUUAUAUCAAGCGGUAUGUCCCCGAAGUCCGUGGUCUUCCGUCUGAGUAUGUUUGCGAGCCUUGGAAUGCCCCGUUAUCAGUCCAGAAAGCAUGCAGAUGUGUAGUCGGAGAGGAUUAUCCGAGUCCAAUAGUAGACCACAUGGAACAGCGAAUGAUUUGCGUGCAAAGAAUGCAGCAGCUGUCUAUUGAUCUUGGCGCAAAAGUUCCGGAUAAAGGUUGCACAAGUGUACAUUGGUUCCGAAAAGAUCUUCGACUUCACGACAAUCCAUCUCUUCUGGCUUCGUUGGACAAUUGCAGCACCUUCUUCCCAAUUUACGUUUUAGACAUGGAGUCUGCUCGGGCCAGCAAGAUCAGCGCCAACCGCUGGAACUUCUUGUGUGAAUGCUUAGAAGCGCUGGACCGUCAACUCCGUGUUCUGGGAUCCCGGCUGUUUGUUAUACGAGGACGCGCCAUUGAUGUACUCCCUCGUCUGUUCCAUGAAUGGUCUGUAAACCGAUUGACAUUUGAAAGAGAGAGUGAACCAGCUGGUCGUCAGCGGGAUACUGUGAUCCAAAUGCUUGCUGAAAAGGCGAACGUGCAAUUGCUGCAGCACAAUGCUCACCUUCUGUAUGACACUGAUGAGGUGUUGGAGACAAACGAUGGCAAAUUGCCGAUGACGUUCGACGAAAUGGCCAAGACUGCAGAACAGCUGGGACCUCCAUGUCCACCUUGUCAGACGGUGGACAAGACAGUGUUUGGUGCGUGCAUAACACCUGUCGGACUGGACCAUGCUGAAAAGUACGGCGUGCCUCAGCUAUCUGAUUUCGGAGGCAAGGAGCUCGGUCGUGCUACUGCUAAGUUGUUCUGGAAAGGAGGGGAACUAGAGGCUAUGCGAAGGCUCAAUUUGGCCUUACAGAAGAUUGAAGCAGACAAAUUUGACCAGCAGUCUGUUACAAUCGAGGACCUGGAGCCUAGCGACAUGCACUUGAGUCCAUAUUUCCGCUAUGGUUGCUUAUCUCCUCGUUUCUACUAUCACCGCCUUAGGGUGCGUUUUAUGAAGACGAAAGGCUUCGAGCCUUCUACCGAUGUGUUCAAAGCCCUUCUUGUACGUGAGCUGUUCUUGCACAUCGGUUCCAGUAAUCCAGACUUGCACCGGAUGCUAGGCAACCCUGUCAGCAUGAUGUUCCCAUGGGAAGAUGAUCGUACAGUGCUGUUUAGAUGGAAACAGGGUACUACCGGCUUUCCGUGGAUUGAUGCGAUCAUGCGGCAACUACACGCCCAAGGCUGGAUCCAUCAUCUGGCUCGGCAAGCAGUUGGCUGUUUCCUGACUCGUGGCUGCUUGUGGGUCAGUUGGGAAGAAGGAUUCAAAGCGUUUGAUGAGCUUCAACUAGAUGCAGAAUGGAGCUUAAACGCGGGCAACUGGUUGUGGCUGUCGUGUAGUUCGUAUGUGCAUGGUGUCGUACCUUGGUACUGUCCAGUAGAAGUCGGAAAGAAAUUGGAUCCAACUGGAAAAUAUAUCCGGAAGUACGUACCCGAAGUCCGUCGCCUUCCACUCGCCUUCAUAUACGAACCAUGGAAAGCCCCCUUAGAUGUACAGAUCAAAGCUCGGUGCGUUGUGGGGGACGAUUACCCAGAACCUGUGUGUGACCAUCUACUGCAGCGCCGAGUCUGCGUGGAAAGGCUUCAUGCGCUUACCAUGUCGCUCCCGCCAAAGACUCACAAUACUAUGCAUUGGUUCAGGAAAGAUCUUCGCUUGCACGACAACCCGUCGUUGCUCAAAGCCCUUUCAGGAAGCCAGUCGUUUUAUGGAGUCUAUUUCUUGGAUCCUGAUAUACUUGCACCUUCUUCAAAGGUCUCCCCUAGGACUCUAGAUUUCCUGCUCCAGUGUUUGCGUGAUCUAGACGACAGGCUUCGUGGAUAUGGCUCCCGCCUCUUCGUCAUUCGCGAGUGCGCUUUGUCAGUGUUGCCAGGUCUGCUGAAGAAGUGGGACAUCACAAGGAUGUCAUUCGAGGCCGACCAAGAUCCGCACGCCGUCACACGUGAUGUGGUUGCUAAGCAGAUUGCCGCAGGUCUCGGUGUCGAGGUCAUCUCUGAAGUCUCGCAUACUAUCUUCGACACUGUGGAUAUCAGAGAGGCAAGUGGGGGACUGAUGCCACAAGAUUUUCCAAGCUUCCAGCGUGCUGUGUCUUCUCUUGAAGUACGCACUCCAGUGAAGGAGGUCGACGGUAGCUUGAUUAGGCAGUGCGUGACGUGCGUCGCUGAGGAUCAUGAUAUCAGAUACGGAGUGGCCUUUGGGUCGAGCCUGGGACCCAAGCUUAAGAAAGCUGGACGAGUUCAUUGGAAAGGAGGCGAGACAGAGGGGCUAAAGAGGCUAGAAUUGGUGUUGACAAAGAUGCGGCAGAAAAAGUUUAUCAAGCCCCCACUUAGCGCGGACACGCUAUUGGCUUCUGAUCGUGCUCUGAGUCCGUACAUGCGCUUUGGCUGCCUUUCGCCGUGCUACAUACUCGAUCGUCUUACCACAGAGUACCAACGGACGAUGGGCAGCAAGCCACCGGAAACUCUGUACACAAAUCUGCUGUGGCGCGAGUUCUUUUUCGCAACAGCAAGCACCAAUCCAGACCACCACCGCAUGAUGGGAAAUCCACUUGCUCUACAGAUCCCUUGGGAACAACACCCGGAAGCUCUUUCGUUGUGGAAGCAGGGCAAAACGGGCUUCCCGUGGAUUGAUGCAAUAAUGCGACAGUUGCGAGAGGAAGGCUGGAUCCAUCAUUUGGCUCGGCAAGCAGUUGGCUGUUUCCUGACUCGUGGCUGCUUGUGGGUCAGUUGGGAGGAAGGAUUCAAAGCGUUUGAUGAGCUUCAGCUAGAUGCAGAAUGGAGCCUAAACGCGGGCAACUGGUUGUGGCUGUCGUGUAGUUCGUAUGUGCAUGGUGCCGUACCUUGGUACUGUCCGGUAGAAGUUGGCAAACAGGUGGACCCGACGGGAGAUUACAUCAGGACUUUCGUACCCGAACUAAGACGCCUUCCCACCAAGUUCCUUCACGAACCGUGGAAAGCUCCGUCCUCCGUGCAGAGAGAAGCAGGGUGUAUCGUGGGCGAGGACUACCCACAGCCUAUGGUGAACCACUUGGAGAGGCGUGUUGUUUGUGUUCAGAAGAUGCAGAACUUCACCCAAACGCUAGCCCUUCUGAACGGAUAAAUGCAUAGACAUUUGUAGUCACCCAGAAACCUAGUAUAAGGAAGCUCAAUAGCAUAAAAGUCGGUAAAAACUCGCACAAAGUAAAGCGAUUUUGAUCGUCUGUCAAAGAAAUUGCAAGAUUUUAGGGCGGAAAUCCAACGGCAAGAAAUAAUGUUUCACGCGCGGGAGUAGGCGGGCAAAGAUUUGAUUUAGAUGGAUAUAAUAAGAGCAUUAUAUGUUAUACCAGAAGCGAUUGCGUAAUUUAUUUAUAAAUGUAGUAUAAAAGACUUAUAUUUACAAAUGUAUUAAAGAAGUACUCCAAAAGAUAA